AUGGCCUGUCCGUAUGCACGAUUUAUUGAAAAUGAUAAUGAAAAUGAAAUAUCAACAGCAACAGCUAAAUUAACAAUCAAUGGUGCAGUAAAUAAUGAUGCUCUUGCUGAAAUACUUUCAUUAACUGGUUAUGGUCAAACAAGUUCAGUUAAACCUGAAUUAAAACGUUUACCAUCAAGUGAUGAAUUAGUUAACUAUAGUAAUUAUUUACAAUUAAAUAAACUUCUCGAUUCUCAAUUAUUAAUAAGUGCUAAACAUGAUCAAAAUAAAAAAGCUGUUCAUGAUGAACAUUUAUUUAUAAUUAUACAUCAAAGUUUUGAACUUUGGUUUAAACAAAUUAUAUGGGAACUUGAUUCACUUCGAGAAAUAUUUGCUAAUAAACUUAUUGAUGAAACACAUAUGUUUGUAUCAAUAAAUCGUCUUCAACGAUGUGUACAAAUUUGGCAUCUAUUAUGUGAUCAAAUAAGUAUAUUAGAAACCAUGACACCACUUGAUUUCAUGGAAUUUCGAUCUUAUUUAUCACCGGCUAGUGGUUUUCAAAGUUUACAAUUUCGUUUAAUUGAAAAUAAAUUAGGUUUAACAGAUAAAUCACGUGUUGUUUAUAAUCAAACAUCAUAUAAAAAUGUUUUUCCAAGUGCAAAUGAACAAAAAGACUUAACAGGUUCAUUAGAAGAACCAACAUUAUUCAUGCUUAUUGAACGAUGGCUUGAACGAACACCUGGUCUUGAAGAUACAAGUUUUAAUUUUGUUGAAAGAUAUAAACAAGCUGUUGCUCAAUAUAUUAAAUUUCUUCAAACAAAUGCUGAAAGUGAACCAAAUCCAACAGCACAUCAUGCAGCACUGGAAGAUGUAAAAAAAACGGCUGAUACAUUUCGAUCAUUAAUCGAUGAAAAAUUUCAUCAACAAUUAGUAGCAAGAGGUGAUCGACGUCUCAAUCAUCGAGCUAUAUUUGGUGCUUUAAUGAUCAUGCUCUAUCGAGAACAACCACGUUUUCAAGGUCCUUAUCAAAUUUUAUCAUUAUUAAUGGAUAUCGAUGCACUUAUUACUAAAUGGCGAUAUAAUCAUUUGAUAUUGGUUCAACGACAAAUCGGUAACAAACAAGGUACAGGUGGUUCCGCUGGUUAUAGUUAUUUACGAUCAACUUGCAGUGAUCGUUAUAAAGUAUUUAUUGAUUUAUUUAAUCUUGCAUCAUUUCUUAUUCCACGUGAAUUUAUACCAAAAUUAACUAGUGAAAUGAAAUUACGUUUAUCUAUAGCUAGUGUUAAUGAAACAUUAACGAAAGAUGAAUGUGAAGAAUUUGAAAAGAAUUCAAAAGAAAAUGAUUCUAUAUCUACUGAUGAAGUUCAUUCAAUAAAAAAUUAA